AUGGCCUGUAGACCACGAGAAGUUUUCUCUUUCAAAGACUCAGAACUUUCCUCUCACCUUCUUGCCCAGCUCAACAUCCUCCGUCACGAGCGCAUCCUGACAGACGUUCUGCUCUGCACAGAGCACCAGGAGAUCCCUUGUCACAAGAACGUCCUGGUGUCCAGCAGCCCGUACUUCCGCGCCAUGUUCUGCAGCAACUUUCUGGAGAGCAGUCAGGCCCGGGUGAAUCUAAAAGGAGUCUCCUCUGAAGUCCUCACUGGCAUCGUGGACUAUGUCUACACAGGCUGCAUCACAAUCACCAUGGAGAUUGUACUGCCUCUCAUGCAGGCAGCAUCCAUGCUUCACUAUGGGGGUCUUUUUGAGGCCUGUUCCCUGUUCCUUCAGAAGCAGCUCAGUCCAGAAAAUUGUCUCAGCAUGAUACGACUCUCUGAGAUUCUGCACUGCGAGAGUUUGAAGGAGAGGGCAAAGGAGAUGGCUGUGAGGUGUUUCUCUGAUGUCGCUGCCACAGAGGACUUCAGCGAGUUGACUCUUCCUGAGCUCAUGUGUUAUCUCGAGGACGACCGACUUUGUGCUGAAGAGGAGCAAGUGUUUGAGACCCUCCUUGCAUGGAUCCACCAUGACCCAUUCUCCAGGCAAGGUGCAAUCCAUGACCUCUUCAAAAAAGUCCGUCUUCGCUACAUCCAUCCUACAUACCUCUUCCAGUUUAUUGCCAAUGACCCACUUGUGCAAUCCUCCACUCUUUGUACUGAGAUUAUCGAUUCAGUACGUCGCCUUAUGCUUACAGUCAGCACCAAGUGUACCCGGGAGCUCAAGCCGCUUUGGACCACACCACGACGCUACACCUGCAGAGAAACACUGGUGGUUGUUGGUGGACGCAAAAACAAUGAACAGACAUCCAGAGAAGCCCUGCUGUAUGAUGAAAGAACCCACCGUUGGCAGUGGUUGGCAAAGCUCCCUCUACGUCUUUACAAAGCUGCAUAUGUGUGCAUUCAUAGCAUCCUCUAUGUGCUUGGUGGGCUCAGCCUCUGUAUGUCAUCAGGUGACAGUUCAGUCAGCUCAACAGUUUACACGCUCUCCCUCAAGACCAACCAGUGGCGGACAGCUGAGCCCAUGUUGGAGCCUCGAUAUGCACAUCAAAGUGUGUCCUAUCUGCACUUUAUUUUUGUUUUAGGAGGCAUUGGAGUAGACAAGAAAAUAUCUCAGUCAGUAGAGAGAUAUAACAGUAUGUUUAACCAAUGGGAGGCCAUGGCACCAAUGCCUACAGCAGUGCUACAUCCAGCUGUGGCAGCCAGCGACCAGAGGAUCUAUGUGUUUGGUGGCGAGGACGCCAUGCAGAAUCCAGUCAGGCUGAUUCAGGUGUAUCACAUCGCUCGUAACAUGUGGUCAAGGCUAGAGACGAGAACAGUGAAAAACGUUUGUGCUCCUGCUGCUGUCAUUGAAGACAAGAUCUACAUCAUAGGAGGUUACACGAGGCGAAUGAUUGCCUAUGACACCAAGGCAAACAAAUUUGUGAAGUGUGAAAACCUGAAGGAGCGGCGGAUGCAUCACAGUGCUACAGUGAUCAACAACAAGCUCUAUGUCACCGGUGGACGCAUCCUAAACAGCCAGGAUGUUAUUGAGGACUCGGACUGUUUUGAGUGUUAUGACCCAAAGACAGACGUUUGGACCUCAAAAGGUUCUUUGCCUUAUAAGCUAUUUGACCAUGGAUCCCUACCGUUAGUCUGCGUUUCCAACAGACCCAUCCCGCCAUGACUCACCAUCCAGUCAGCCACUUUGCAGAAAUUCUGCUACAUGUUCCUUACCUCCCCUCAGCCAGGACUGAUUGGCCUAUAACUACUCAAAUGGGAAACCAUUUCAAACUGGCUGCAUUCCUUCACGUAGUUCAGUCUCUGCCACAGCUUAGCGGCAUGUUAAGCCAGGCAGACUUUCACUGAGCUAAAGGGGAGCUCAGAUAAACAGCAGAGGUGUCAUGUCUGAGGCACCUGGUGUUGAACUUAACUGUGAAUCCAAGAGAUGACGAGUGGUAGACGCUCUUACAUAACAAACAGCUGUCUAGGAACACAUACUGCAAAAGCUCUUUCCACAGAUAGCUGCACUUGUUUGAUGGUAACUAAAGGUGGUAUUUUCCCAGAUAUGUAUAAACAGACUAUCAAAUCUUGGCAGCUGCAGUUGACUUCCUUGUCACUGUUAAAUACAAAUCUGGCUGCUAAAUCAUGUAGGCUCGUCUUGAAAACCUGUGAAGGAGCUGACAGCUUCUAAAUUUGCACUUUAUAGAAAAUACAUUCCUCCUGGGUCCACCUGCUUUGAUCAGAGUGCACUUGCUAAGGAGAACAAUUAUGGUGGAUUGGAUUAAGAAUUUCCUUCAAAAAAUGCAAAAAUGUAUGACCCUAGCUUCUUUAAUGAUAAUAUUUACUGUUCCUCUUUUACUCUUAAAUGACAGUAAAAUACAUUUACAGAACAAAAUAUUAUAAGAAGUCAAUAUGGCCUUUGGACAACACUG